GCGCACUGUCAGAAAGGUCGUACGCGUGCGGCUAGUUGAAUGAAGUUGGUGUUUGUGGGCCCGGCUUCAUCCCCGGCCGCGGCCCGGGCUCCGGCCCCGGCUCCGGCCCCAGCCCUGGCUCCGACAGGCAGACCCUGAGGAGGAGAAGAUGUGGGGGUCGGUGACGGCGCUUCCCGUGCGGUUGUCGCUGGCGACAGUGGUCGGAGCCUGCUUUCGCCACUGCCGCUGGGAGACGGGCGCGGGGUUCCUGACGCGGCCUCACCGGGGCCUGUCCCAGUCGUGCGUGGAACUGCGAUCCUUACCCAAAGUUGGGAAGUCGGGGCCGUCUUCGAAGAGCAGGAAAUGGCAGAGGCUUUUCCCGGGCAACGCGGAAGUGGCGAACACCGUGGUGCAGCUGCUGCAGGCAGGGCCUCCUGGAGCCUGCCCGCGGGUCCUCGAGUGCAAUCCCGGGCCUGGAAUGAUUACUUCUGCAUUACUCAAUGCUGGUUUACAAGUGGUUGCACUUGAAAGUGACUUGACUUUUCUUCAAUAUUUAACGACCCUAAAAAACUGUCUAGAUGGACAACUAGAAGUAAUCUACUGUGACUUCUUCCUUCGAGAUCCCAAUAAUAGAACAUUAUCACCACCUGUUAUGUUUACUGAAACGCUUUUCAAGAAUUUGGGAAUAAACGAAGUUCCAUGGGCAGCAGAUGUUCCUGUAAAGAUAGUUGGAUUCCUCCCAACUAAAAACGAAAGAAGUGUACUUUGGAAAUUAUUAUAUGACCUUUAUUCUUGUAGUUCCAUAUAUAACUAUGGACGGGUAGAAUUAAAUAUGUUUAUUAGUGAAAAAGAAUACAAGAAAAUCACUUCAAAGCCAGGUGAAAAAUAUUAUCAACCCAUAAGUGUUCUCUGGCAAACAGCUUGUGAGAUAAAGCUUUUGCAUAUGGAGCCUUUAUCAUCUUUUGUAACCUUCAAAAAUGGAUCACUGGUAUCACUAAAGAACAAGGAAUUGGAAAAUAAGCAUCUGUAUUUUAUUCGAUUAACUCCUCGAAGAAAUUUAUUUACAGAUAAUUUAACACCUGUAAACUCAUAUAAUUUUAUAUGCAUGGUUAAACAAUGUCUUAACAAGAGCAAAUCUAAAUUAAUUGAUAUGUUUAGCUCAUGGAGUGUAUGUGAUCCAGAAGCUUUACUUCAACAACUAAACAAACAGAACCAUGAACUUAUAGGCAGUUUGUACCCAGAAGAGUUUAAACAUCUUUUUGAAGCUUUGGAGUGUUCUGAAACUUUUACCCAAAAAUGGAUAUAUGAUCAUUAUAUACAAAAUGCAACUCUAGCUAGCCCUUAAGUCACAAGGAUUUUGUUAAUUGGAGAAGUUACUUUCAGAAAUUAUGAUGCAAAUUAAAAAGGAAUGGGUUAGGAAAAUUUGCGUCCUUUUAACUGGGAAUAAAUGGUUUUGUUUUACAAAGUCAGAGGAUAAAUUGGCUGAAAAUUCAUGCUGAUUUUUUUUUUAACAGUUGGUGCUGUUAAAUAUAUAAAAUGUGUAAAUAAAAUUUUCAUUUAACUACUGAUUUGAUGACCUGAAAAUUAACGGUUUGUUUUUUGUUUUGCAAAAUUCUUCACUAUUACUUAACUGCUUAGUAAAUUGUAUCAACUAUCAAAGGGAAAUUUAUUUAGGUUAAAUUCUAGCCCUAUUCAACAUUUUAAAUUGAAUACAUUUAAGAAUUAUACUUUUACAUGGAUUUACUGCUGGUUACAUUUCAUCAGUCUUAAAAAGCAAAUAAGAUUGACCCAAUUAAUUGCAAGUUUUACUUUUCAGGUUUGUAAAGUUAUGGUUGCAAGACCUGAAAAAUAAAAUUUAAAAAUAUUUUAUUUAAGCUUUUUUUUUUAAUCGGAAUUUCUUUCCUAAUGGGUUUUGUGUUAUUCUUACAAAGCCUAAAUUUUUUAAUCUAAAUACUUCAAUGACAUAAUAUAUACAUUUGUUA